AUGGCAAACCGGGUGCACGGCGCGACGUGGGCGGAGCACGCCGGGCUCACCGACGAGCCGUACGCGGCAAAGGAGGCGGGUCCGGAGGCGAGCCAGCGCACGCUGUACCCGAUGGUGACGGGCGGGAGCGUCGUCGCCGUCAAGUACGCCGGAGGCGUCCUCGUCGCGGCGGACACCCUCGGCUUUUACGGCUCGCUCGCGCGGUACGACAAGAUCCGCCGGAUGGAGGCGGUGGGCGUGCGGAAGGACACGCUGGUCGCGGCGGGCGGCGACCUGUCGGACUACCAGUACAUCGUCAAGACCGUCGAGGCGCGCGCCGUCGAGGAGUACGCCCUGGACGACGGCGCGGCGAUGUCACCCGCGGCGCUGCACUCUUGGCUGACGCGUAUGAUGUACCAGCGGCGCUCCAAGAUGGACCCGCUCUGGAAUUCCGUGGUCGUCGCAGGCUGCCGCGACGGGAAGCCGUACCUCGGCGCGUCGACGAUGCUCGGCGUCGCCUUCGAGGACAACUUUGUGGCCUCGGGGAUCGGAGCGCACCUGGCGCUGCCGCUGCUGCGCAAGCGCUGGACGCCGACGCUCACCGAAGCGGAUGCAAAGACGCUGCUCGAAGACUGCAUGAACUCGCCAGCCCUCUGCAAGACGCCACACUCGCCGGAGCUCUCUGUCUCUCAGUGA